GUGUGUGUGCGCGCGCGCGCGUGGCGGGGAAGCGUGCAGUGUCUCUGCCGUGGAUCAUGCUGGCUCCCCUAGAAGAAGGAAAAUUUAAAGGGAGAAACCAGACAAGCGACAACAGAGCCGUCUCUGGCCCUUCCCCGCCGGACUUUGCCCCCGGGAACCUUUUCCCAGAGCUGCAGACCCGGGCAGGCAGGCAGGCGCGGCGGCGCCCGGCAGAGCGCGGUGCCCAGCGGCGAAAGCGUUAACUGGGCUGGGUAAGGCGAUCCCUUGCACCGAGUGAGACUCGGAGUUGAAAGUUUUCAAAGCUCCGAGGAAGCAGCGGCGGCGGCGGCGGCGGCAGCAGCCUGGGAAGGAAGAAGCGGGUUGGAGGGAGCCUGCAAGCCCAGAGAAGCGCGCAGAGCUGGACUGAGCCGGGGGCUACACGCGCAAGGCACGGAAUCUGACGGUCUCGGACUCUGCAGCUCCGGGCGGGCGCUGUCCCUCCCCCCGCCCCCCGCCGCCACCUCCCCCUGCACACCCCCCCAACCAUGCGGACCCGGGCCCUGGGGGUCCAGAUUGGAGUUCUGAAAUCACAAUGGAUGAUUUGACGUUACUGGAUCUCCUGGAGUGCCCCGUGUGCCUGGAGAAGCUGGACGUCACGGCCAAGGUGCUCCCGUGCCAGCACACCUUCUGCAAGCCCUGUCUCCAGAGGAUUUUCAAGGCCCACAAGGAGCUGAGAUGCCCCGAGUGCCGGACGCCCGUGUUCUGCAGCAUCGAGGCGCUCCCAGCCAACCUGCUGCUCGUGCGUCUCCUGGACGGCAUGCACGGGGGCCCCGGGAGAGGGGGCUCCUUCCGCAGGCCCGUGGGGCUGAGCCUGCAGGACAGCAGGAAGAGCCGGACUCACCCCAGGGGGCUGCCGUCGAGUCCAUUCCGGCUGGUGCCCAACAUCAGGAUUCACAUGGAUGGGGUGCCACGGGCCAAGGCCUUGUACAGCUACCGAGGGCAGAAUCCUGGGGACCUGAGAUUUAAUAAGGGAGACGUCAUCCUCCUCCGGAGACAACUGGAUGAGAACUGGUACCAGGGCGAGGUCAAUGGAGUCAGUGGCAUCUUCCCCGCCAACUCCGUGGAAGUCAUCAAGCAGCUACCCCAGCCACCCCCACUCUGCAGGGCCCUCUACAACUUCGACCUUCGGGACAAGGACAAGAGUGAGAACCAGGACUGCCUGAGCUUUUUCAAGGAUGAUAUCAUUACCGUAAUCAGCCGAGUAGAUGACAACUGGGCGGAAGGCAAGUUGGGAGAUAAAAUAGGCAUCUUCCCCAUCUUGUUUGUAGAGCCAAACCUCACGGCCAGACACCUCCUAGAAAAGAACAAAGGCCGCCAGUCCUUCAGCACAAAGAGCCUGUCCCUGAUGUCCCCUUCCUCCAGAGGCAAAGAGACCAGCAUGGCCACCCUCCGAAGGGGCCCUGGGUCCAGGAGGAAGGGGCCUGGGCAGUUUUCCAUCACGACGGCCCUGAACACACUCAACAGGAUGGUCCACUCUCCUUCCGGGCGCCACAUGGUGGAGAUCAGCACCCCCGUGCUCAUCAGCUCCAGCAACCCGUCCGUCAUCACCCAGCACGCGGAGAAGGAACUGCCUCCGAGCAGUCUGGGCCAGGUCAGCGCGUACCACCCCGGGCCGGCCUCCCCAGGGCACCCCACGGCGGCCGCCAUCCUCAGCCUGCCCAGCUCCCAGCAGCACCUCGCGGCUAACAUGUUUGUGGCCCUGCGCUCCUACGCAGCCCACGGACCCGAGGAACUGGACCUGCAGAAGGGAGAAGGCGUCAGGGUCCUGGGGAAGUACCACGACGGCUGGCUCAAGGGCAUCUCCUUGGUCACCGGGCGAGUGGGCAUCUUCCCACACAACUAUGUCAUGCCCAUCUUCAGAAGGACAUCCAGUUUUCCAGACGCCCGGAGCCCCGGUCUCUACGCCACAUGGACGCUCUCCACCUCAUCCGUGUCUUCCCAAGGCAGCUUCUCCGAGGGGGACCCUCGCCAGAGCCACCCGUUCAAGUCCGUCUUUGUGCCGACUGCCAUCGUCAACCCCGUGCGGAGCACCGCCAGCCCGGCGACGCUGGGCCGCAGCUCUUUCCGCAAGGGCCGGAGCAGCCUGAGGAAAAAUGGCUCCCUGCAGAGACCCGCGCAGUCGGGAAUCCCCACCCUGGUGGUGAGCUCCCUGCGGCGAAGUCCCACCAUGGUGGUCCGGCCUCAGCAAUUCCAGUUCUACCCGCCGCAGGGGAGCCCCACCUCCCCCUCUCCGGUGGCGGUGGAGAUGGGACCCAAGGCUGCGCCCGCCGGGGAGCCGGCCCUUGCGUGCGUCAGCAGGGCGGGCGACACCAGGAUCCACUCGGCGGCCGGUUCCCUGAUUAUGGAAGGCAAAGAAGUCCCCAUCAAGAGCGAGCCCCUGCCCAAACCUCCUGCGUCUGCCCCACCAUCAAUCCUGGUGAAACCAGAAAACUCAAGAAACGGCACUGAAAAGCAAGUCAAGACCGUGAGGUUUCAGAACUACAGCCCUCCUCCCGCCAAACACUACACCUCCCCGCCCACCGCCGGGAAGCCCGAACAACCAGCCAGCCCGAAGGGGUGCCAGCCCGAAGCAAGCCCCUUGAGCCCAGAGAUGAGUGUUUUAUACGCCCACCGAAGUGGCUGCCAUUCGGGCCAACCGACCGACCUCCGGAGGAAGCCAACAUUUAGCAAGACCCCGAUGGCCACUGCCGCGGCCACACAGGCCAUAUUCGCCAGCAAAUGAACCUGCAGGGGGCUCUUCUAGAGCUGCCCCCAGAAACAAGGCUCCAUCCACGCCCAGUCGAUUCUGAAAUGUUUCUCGCCCUCACGGGAGGACUGGCAGCAACGGGCUGGCGGGAACCAUGAUCUGCGUGGAUGGAAACUUCCUGGGCCAUCGGCAGGAUACGGGAUACCAACAUACUGGCUGGCUUCCAAGACUGAAGGAUACUAAAGAAAAAAAAAAUCAAAUCUAUCUUCACCCACUGCUUCCUCUGGGGCCGAGUCGGAGAAGAGCAGCUGAUUCGAGUCCCGCCAGCUCCGGCCCUCCUGAUCCUCUGCACACCCUGGCAGCCUCGGUGGUGAAUGAAAGGCUUGGCCAUCAGCCACCUUCCUGCCCUCCGUCUCACCUGGCCGUCGGCUCGGGGCGGGAGCACUGUGGAGAGGAGUACUCUUCUUCCUGCAGAGGCUCUGGCUGCCUAGGCCAGAGCUGCCUGCCCAAUGCCCCUAGCCUGCCUCCCUCCCCGGACUCGACUUGGACCCCCCCACCCCCAUCACAUCCUCAUCCUACUUAGUUCUAACUGCAUUGUCUUUCCCCUUCUGAUCCCGAGGGUUUUGCGAACUUGCUGAUCAAGGAAAUCAGGACUGGGAACAGAAAGAAUCUUAGAUUUUUUUUUUUUAAAUCCCUGGUGGGACCUGGAAAGAAAGUACAUGGGGUAAGGCAGUACUUGCUUGUAUGUGGCUGGUGUGGGUUCGAUCCCCAGCAUCCCAUAGGGUCCCCCAAGCACUGCCUGGAGUCCUGAGCACAGCCGUAGAUGGCCCCCAAGCGAAACCAAAACAAAAAUCGAUGUUCUAUGAGGUAGCACAGACAGCAAUGCUCAUCAAGAGGCUAUUUCAGGUCUAAACAUUUAAAAAUUAGCAGUAGCCAGGCAUUCUUGUGUUGUUGUCGUUGUUGUUGCAAAAUCAGUCAUCAGAGAGAAAACGUCAUUGGAAGAGAUUCUAUGCCGGCUUAGAAAAAUUAUGAUUGAGAAUAAUCUGUAGUAGCCUGAGAGUCACUGCAUAGAUUAAAAAAAAAAAUUCCCAAGUACUGGAGGUGCCCAGGACCCUAUAUUUCUUCUUCUCCCCUAUUUUAGAAUAAUGAUAAUUUCCUUUAGCAGAGCACAUGUCACCUUGGUCAUCAGAGGUAGUUGCCCAAAAGCCGCCUUCAGUGGUAGUUCAUGGGUUGAAGACCCAGGCUCCUAAUUUUGCCCGAAGCAUCUUCAGCCUCUAAUCCAGCCCUGCCCAGAAGGACGCAGAGACUCCAGCCCCGGGACUGGCAGGGUGAGAGGCUGAUUUUGAGCUCAUGGGAAGGUUUUCUUCUGUCUCGAGCUGCCACUUGCAGGCCGCAGAGGGGCACCGUCUCUCAGUGGGAUGAACCCUGGCUUCUUAACCACACCCCCCUCCCCGUUAAUCGCAGGGGACGGUGGGGGUCAGCCACACGAAGCCCCCAAAGGACUGGUUUUAUCCGCCAAGUGGCGAAUGAGAAGGGCGAGCCACAGAAAGAGGGGUUUGCUGGUGAUACGGCCUUCACGCGCGUGGCCAGAGGCAGAGCUGCCCACGGUCCGUGGCUGCUCCGGAUCACGGUGCCACAGAGCUGUCCCUUUCCCCGGGGUGAAUUCAGGGUCCUCGCAGCUCCUCUGCAGCCGCAAAACCAGCAAAUAGAGACACUGCCUUCCGCCUCUGGAAUCUACUUGUCACCACCAUAAGGCCUUAUAGCCCAGCAAAUAUUUGGGUUCCUGGCUCCAUUUUCCAAAGGUUAAAUCAUAGAAUGUAGAGUUAGGAGUUAAAGAGCAUUAGGGAAAGACCGCGUAUGGCAAACAACCCUCACCAAAAGUGAGUUUUAGAAAGUGCAAAAGACAAGUGGCUUUCAAAACGCAUAAGCCAAGCACUCUGGACGGGGCGGCUUUGUGUGUGCGACUUCCUGCCAGCUCAGGGUUUUUGUUUGGUUUGUUUUACUUUGCUUUUUGGGUCACAGAAGGCAAUGCUCCGGGGUUAGUCCUGGAUCUGCACUCAGGAAUUACUCCUGGCAGUGCUUAGUGGACCAAACGGGACGCUGGGGAUCGAACCUGGGUCAGUCACAUACAAGAAAAACACCUUCCCGGCUGUCUUCUUGCUCCAGCCUCUCAGAUUUUCUUAGGUGCUGAUUUUUCCCCUCUCACACUUAGAGAAAUUGGAAACCACCUUUUUUUUCUGACUAUUGGCUUUUGGCUUUUAGGUCACACCUGGUGAUGGUCAGGGAUUACUCCUGGCUCUGUGCUAAGGAAUUUCUCCUGGAUGGGCUUAUGGGGCCACACGACGUCUAACCCAGGUCAGCCACACGCAAGGCAAGCACUCUACUCACUCUACUCUCUCUCCCGCCCCACCUCUCACCAUUUUGACUCCAGCUAAGUUUUUAUAAGUCUCUGGGAAUUUUUAUGGCUUGGGAUGCAAAGGUUUCAUGGACACUGAGUUUUUCCCAUGAACCUGCUUGGCCAAUAAAUGGCCAAUAUACUAAAUAUUUUCUUAAAAUGCAAAAGGAAGGGGUCAGAUAGCACAGCACAGAGAAUGCUUAACUUCCAUAACCCAGAUUCAAUCCGGGGCACCCCUUGUGGUCCCCCUAAUCCUUGCAGGAGUGAGCUUUUAGCUCAGAGCCAGAAGGAAGCCCUGAGCAUUGCCCAGUAUGGCCCCCAAACCAAAAAUAUUUUAAAAAGAAAAUCCAUUUGUUCCCAGCAAAGCUAAGCAGCUUAGGAAGAAGCUCCCUAUUUCCUGAAGUUACCUUUGGUUCUGAGUUUCUGCAGAUACCGAGGAGUCAGGGGCCAAAGAAAGGGUGCAGGGAGAGGAGGGUCAGGAUGGAUUAGAGAGAUCAGACUGAGGCCAGCUCUGAGCUGACCCUACUGGAACCGAAGUCUCAGCUCCUACAAUGGUGGUUUCAUGUUGGCCAAGAGCUGGGGUCUUGUUUAGAAGGAUCCACAGAAAAGAUCAAAUGGAAGGAGAAAUUCACUCCUGAGAAACAGAAGUAGGAACUCUUGUGCAACUGCUCUAGACUCUUGUGCAACUGCUUGCUUUUUCUGAAAAUCAGUGUUUUCAAUAGACCAAAAAAAAAAUCAUUCUGGGUUGACAUAUAUGUGAAUAAUGUUUAUAAAGAGGGUAUAUAUAAUAUGUAAGUCAUCAUGGACUACUAUCAACAUAAACCUUAGGUAUAUAAAAUAUAUAAGCAUAUGAAAACAUUUUAUAGGGCAGUGGACACUUAAGGGCUCCCAAGCUUUUUUGAAGUUUUGCUGCAAGAAUAUAAAGUUUCAGCGUCGGCAGCUUAGUUCCUUGGUAUGGGUGGGGUGCAUGGUCUCAAAGCAUCGGUGGAAAGUACUUCGAAAUAUCUGUUGCAAGUGUGUCGGUGUUGUUUGCCCAUAAGGAGCCACUAGUGACAAGGGUGCCCAUUGCAAUGUAGAAAGCCAAAAGUUUUGCAGAAUAGAAACACAGAAUGUGUCUUCACUGUGGCAAGUUCUCAGGCUGGAAUCGACAAGGACUUAUGGGACCUCUGGUGUCAGUGCUAUUGUCUCGCACUUCCUCCGCAUGGGAUGACCUUACCCCAGAGAAGAAAGCGCAGAUGUUUACUAAGCCCCUUUUCUUGGACUUACCUGACCUGUUCCAGAGGAAUCCGGAAGUUACGGUCCAAAGUCCUCUUGCUUUAGGACCACCCUCCACCCACCAAUCUUCAAAGAACAGGUCGUGAAGGAAGUAGUUUCCGUUCAAGGCUUCGAAGGCCAGUUUCACUCACUUGGUUCAAGGCUCCCAGGAAGGGUUGACUUUGCUCUUUCCAGCCCAGAAGGAUCAGCAAAGGGGAGAUGGGGGGGGUUCCCUUGCCGGAGAAGUCCCCUCCCUCCUUUCUCAUCUACCGAGAAGACAACUGUGCCCCUAAGCGUCGCAAAAGAUGCCCUCUGCUCUCCCACAGGGAGCAGUCUGCCCCGCUACGGUGGAGUCUCCUUCGCCAAAAAUGCCCACUGUUCUCAGCUGCAAGCUUGUAAGUUCCAUUCUGUGUUUUUGCAUGAAGCAAUAAAGCAGUUUAUUUUCACGUAACGCA